AUGACAACUCAAGUCGAUCCCGAGACUCUUGCGAGGAGCACUGAGCAAACCCCGCUUCUAGCGGACCAGCCAUCGCCGGAGAUAAAUGAAGCCGAUAAUGAGCCGGAAGCCGAGCCGACUCCGGAGAAAAGACCGAGGAGCUGGUAUGCUUGGAGGAUAUUCUGGACUGUACUUGCGAUUGUGGUAUUGGCGGUUUUUAUAAAGGGAUGGGUUGAUUCAGAUGAAACUGAGUUUGACCUCAAGAAAGCCCUUAAACGGGCCCUUGGCGGAGGACUCAGUGGUGCGGCGGCUAUGGUGCUGCAAGUCUUGCUCCUCAUGCCUCUGCGGACCAUUAUGAACUAUCAGUAUCGCCAUGGCACGUCUUUCACUGUUGCCACGCGGACUCUCUACACUGAAGGCGGAAUUCGAAGAUAUUACCAAGGAAUUGCACCUGCGUUGUUCCAAGGCCCAAUCGCCAGAUUCGGAGAUACAGCUGCCAACGCUGGCAUUCUUGCCUUGCUUCAGUCAAACCCGUACCUCAAGAAUCUUCCAUCGCCUGUCAAAACCAUUUUUGCCUCUUUAUGUGCGGCUGCCUUCCGCAUGAUCCUCACUCCCAUUGAUACUUUGAAGACAACUCUUCAAGCUCAAGGUGCUCGUGGAACAGCCCUUCUGAGACGGCGCAUCAAGUCAAAUGGUAUUGGUAGCUUGUGGUGGGGAGCUUUUGCUACCGCUGCUGCUACCUUCGUCGGCCAUUAUCCUUGGUUCGCUACCUACAACUACUUGUCCGAGGUCAUCACUGAGCCCCCCAGACAUCCUCUAUUCUGGUGGUUGCUCCGCUUGGCAUUCAUCGGCUUCUGCGCUUCCAUCGUCUCCGAUUCUAUCUCUAACUCAUUGAGAGUUGUCAAAACCUACCGACAAGUUAACGACACCAAGGUUUCAUAUGCCGAGGCUGCACGAGCUGUGGUGAUACAAGAUGGGGUUAUUGGCCUCCUUGGGCGUGGACUCAAGACGCGCAUUUUGGCCAACGGCCUACAGGGCAUUCUGUUCUCUAUUCUCUGGAAAUUGUUCCUUGAUCUAUGGGAGAAGAAGACCUAA